ACACUGUUCAGCGCCGAACCGCAGAUAGCUUAAUGCUAGCGCUCAGUUACCGCUGGAUAUUGAGCACUCUACCCGAAUCAUAAGAUUAAAGAAUGAAGAUAGGCAUUACAAAUUGAUAAUAGCUUCAAAACUACACGAGACAACUUUUUAGGAUUUAUCUUUAAAGGAAGAGAAGCCAUGUUUAGCAGUAAGACUGCCUGGUUUUCGAGCAGUGUGCCGCAAGAUCGUCUUGACUUUUGGAUGGCAGAAGGUGGGAGCAUCAUAGAUUGGAGGCAGGCAGACUACCUCUUCAGUCAAGAUGCAACAUGUCCCGACACGCUGGUGAUAUUUGAGAGCGACGAUUACAUCUCGAAAAAGGUCACUAUUUUUCACAGCUUGUUCCUGUCCACCUGUGAAAAGCGGCAAAGUGUGAAAUCAGUGUCCAUCGGCCAUUAUGUGCUGCCUCCAGCUUCUGUGCAGGAUGAGGUGAGAGAAGUGGUUGGUAGGUUGAUUUGGGAACAUGAGGACGAAGAAACCAUUGUGCAGGAGGAAGAAACGUCUUUCUGCCUGCCAGACGUCCCUCACAGCGAGCAAGACGCAAGAGAAAGCAUAUCUGAGGAAUCAGACAUGGACUCAGCAGAGGGCGAAUCUCACCUAUGUGACCAUUUUAGAAGCCCAGUUAGUUGUGUGGUCCCGGGUAAACGGCUUAACAUGCAGACAGACUACUCUGUCCCUGCUGAGUACAUCAGCAUAGAGACUCUUCAGAAAUAUUCUGGUGAUCUGCAUGAUGUGCAUCCUGGGGUUUUCAGAUGUUCAAAAUGUAAAGACUGCCUUUGUUUGGGGCAAAAAUAUGCCAAGGCACACUAAGAAAGGGGGGAAAAAAAUAAUUACAGAAACAAUGGCAGUCUCAUUUUGUAUUUCUGGUAUAUAAUAGCAUCUUUAAUUUGUCUGUGUUUAAUUUCAGUUUGUAACAUGAAGGCUGCCACAUAAUUUGUACCUCUGGUUUUUCAAUGAAAGAGUUGAUGCAGAUAUAUUCGUUUUUCUGUAUUUGAAAUAAAAUAUAGAACAUUGUUAUUGCACACCAACAUAUAUCCUGCAAGUACUUGCUUAAUCUUACUUAUAGUUUAUGUACUUGUGUUUCCUUAAAAUGUUUAGCUGAAGCCCACUGAUUUAAUGUAAACUAUAAUAAGUUAAUGGUGCUACCAACUACUGUAUUAUCAUUUUUCAAUAACAUUGCAUGAAAAUGUUUGUAUUUGCACAAAGAGUAAAGGUGGGUAUUAACUUAUAUUUGGGUACUAACUUAUAUUUAAUUAAUGUUUUAGAAAAAAGUACACUUUUAUAAGUUUUAUAGCACCAUGCUUUCGAUUUCUACUCGAAUACUACUAUUUUUAAGUACUGCUACUCUCAUUUGCAUGAAAUGUCUGGUUACUCUCCCCACUUUUAAUAACUUCACAAAAUUAACAAACAUUUUGACCAAAAAUGUUGACCAAAAAAACACCACUGUAUGUUACAGUGGGAUAUGUUGUUUGUGCACAAGUUUUGUUCUCAUGUUACUUUCUAUCUACUGAGCCUAUUGUAUCAUUUGGAGGUAAAAAAGAAAUAAAAGAUACUGCAAAACGUA